CGAAGCGAGCGACCGGAGUAGGGUGACCUCCGCGCCACACCUGGGGCUGGGCGAGUACUGGCUCGGCAGUCGCGCUCUUCGCGCAGCAUGCUUCGGGUGCUGGUGGUACAGGAAAGCCAGAGAUGGACCUUGUGAGACUUGCCCGUUUGUUCUCCAGCCCCUGUCCAAUGGGACUAUCCAUCCUCCGACAUCUCAACCCUCUUGGAGCCCGAUGGGCAGGAGGCAGGAAGCAGCUUACCAUGUGGCAGACAUGGCCAGUGUCAGCCUUCAGUAGUUUUUCCUGUCAUCAGCCACUAGGCCAAGGGAACCAGAAGAAGAUGAGCAGCCUGCCCUCUGACCCAAGCCAGCAUAGCCCUGUGACUCCUCGGGAUGAGGAGGAGGAUGAGGAGGAGGAAGAAAGCUUUGGAACCCUCUCCAACAAAUAUUCCUCCCGGCGAUUCUUCCACAAAUCAACAGCCCGAUUGUAUAACCUUCAGCUCAGGGAACAGAGUGCCGAGGAAAAUGAGGAAGAGGAACUGGAGCCAAAAUCCUGGCGAGGCCGAAAGAACACCCCGUACUGGUAUUUCUUUCAGUGUAAACGCCUGAUCAAGGAAGGAAAGCUGGCCGGAGCUCUGGACCUGUUUGAGAGGCAGAUGCUGAAAGAGGAGCGGCUGCAGCCGCUUGAGUGCAACUACACGGUGCUGAUCGGGGGCUGUGGGCGAGUGGGCUACCUGAAGAAGGCCUUCCGGCUCUACAAUGACAUGAAGAAGCGAGACCUAGAGCCCUCCGAUGCCACAUACACAGCACUGUUCAAUGUGUGUGCUGAGUCCCCCUGGAAGGACUCAGCUCUGCAGAGUGCCUUAAAGCUCCAACAGCAGCUCCGGGCCAAGAACUUCCAGUUCAAUCUGAAAACAUACCAUGCCCUGCUGAAGGUGGCUGCCAAGUGUGGGGACCUGAGGAUGUGCCUCGAUGUAUUCAAGGAAAUUGUCCACAAGGGCCACAUGGUCACAGAGGAGACCUUCAAUUUCCUGCUCAUGGGCUGCAUCCAGGACAAGAAGACUGGCUUUCGACACGCUCUGCAGGUGUGGAGGCAGAUGCUGAAUCUGGGACUCAAGCCAAACCGGCAUGGCUACAACCUGCUCUUGGGGGCAGCUCGAGACUGUGGCUUGGGGGACCCAGAUGUAGCCUCCAGGUUGCUCUUGAGAUCCAGCGAGGAGAUGGUCCUGAUCCAGCCCCCGGAAGUCAAGCAGCAGGCAGGGAGGAGAGUCCCACGCAGAGCAGGUGGUGGCAUGUCAGCUCAACUGCAUGUGGAGGUGCUGGAGAGGCAGCUCUUCAUGGAACUUUCUCCAACAUGUGAGGCUCCUCCAGAGCCUUUGAAGGCUGGAGUACCUGGCAAGGUCCAGCCUGAGGUAGAAACCAAGGCAGAGCCCAGCCACACUACAGCCCUUACCCUUGGAUCUCUAAAGCCACCUCCCUUGGAGUUGGAGGUCAACCUCCUCGCCCUUGGGGCCCUCCCCCCAACUGUGGUCUCACUUGGGACAGUGGCCACCCCUGCUGACAGGCUGGUCUUGAUGGGGGGCCUGGAAGGCUUUUUAGGCAAGAUGACAGAGCAUGGGCUGCAGCCUGACAUCAAGACCCUCACGCUGCUGGCUGAGGUGGUGGAGCCUGGGAGCCCUGCAGAGUCUUCGCUGCUGACUGUCCUGGAUAGGUAUCAGGUGGAGGCUGAUGUGACAUUCUUCAACACAUUGAUGAGGAAGAAGAGCAAGCUGGGGGACCUGGAGGGGGCAAAGGCGCUGUUGCCAGUCCUGGCGAAGAGGGGACUCAUCCCCAAUCUGCAGACCUUUUGCAACCUGGCCAUUGGGUGUAAUAGGCACGGGGACGGUCUGCAGCUGCUUGCAGACAUGAAGAAAUCCCAGAUGACCCCAAACACCUACAUCUACAGCACGCUCAUCAAUGCAGCCAUCAAGAAGCUGGACUACACCUAUCUUAUCGACAUCCUGAAGGACAUGAAGCGCAGCAGAGUUCCCGUGAAUGAAGUGGUUAUCCGCCAACUGGAGUUUGCAGCUGCAUACCCACCCACCUUUGACCGGUACCAAGAGAAGAACACCUACUUGGAGAAGAUUGAUGGUUUCCGAGCUUAUUAUAAGCAGUGGCUGAAAGUGAUGCCAGCAGAGGAAACCCCCCACCCCUGGCAGGUAUUCCGGAGCAAACCCAGGGGAGACCAGCACAUCUCCAGAGACGCUGGUGCAGACAGAGACCUUGGGGACAGGUGAUAGGGCACAUGGCUGCAAUGAAGCAUGUGGACCUUUUAGUGCCUGGCGGGAGCCACAGCAUGCUGCAGGUGUUGGUUUGAAGACAUAUGCCAGGCCCAGGCUGCCCAAAUUCACAGCAGGUCCUAGAGCAGCUCAAGCCACCUUUGCCUGCUACCUCAGGUCACCCUCACCUGAGAGGUUGUCAUUCUUAUAGCACU